AUGGAAAAUUACACAUCACCUAAAGAAUUCCAUCUUCUCUUUUUCCCCUCUGUAUCUAAAAACAGAGUCAUAUUUUUUAUUGUGUUUUCUUUGUUAUACCUCACUGGUGUCCUGUUGAAUUCUACCAUUAUUAUGGUUAUUUAUCACAGCCGGCAUCUACACUCUCCUUUAUACCUAUUUCUUUGUAACUUGUCUGCUUUAGAUAUUUUUUACACCUCUGUCAAUGUCCCCAAACUUCUUGACAUGUUACUGUAUGACCACAAUACAGUGUCCUUCAACCAGUGCUUCACCCAACUGUACUUCUAUGGGGAGUGUGCCAGCACAGAAGACAUCCUUCUCUUCACCAUGGCGUACGAUCGAUACAUUGCUAUUUGUAAGCCCUUACAUUAUCAUUCUGUGUUCAGUGGGAAGAACUGCGUCAAACUCAUUGCUGCCAUUUGGGUUUCUGGAUGCUUCAACUCUUUAUUGUUCACCACAGCAAUCUCAAAAAUAUCCUUCUGUAAAUCAGCCAGAGUUGAACAAUACUUCUGUGAUGCCAAGGCCCUCCUAGAAAUAUCUUGUACGGGCACUGAAUUGUUAUACAUAGCACUCUGUAUUGAAUUGUUAGUAUUUGGCCUUUGUCCAUUCUUAUGCACCAUCAUCUCUUACAUGAAAAUUAUCCGUGUUAUUUUACAUAUAAACUCUAAAGAAGGAAGACGGAAAACCUUUAACACGUGCUCAUCUCACCUCACUGUCAUCAGUGUCUUUUAUGGGACAGUUUUAUCCAUGUAUAUGAUGCCACAAGCAAGCUACCUUGUUGAUCUAGAACAAGCAUUGAGCGUUUUGUUUACAGCAGUUGUACCGGUGAUAAACCCUCUAAUUUACAGUCUACCAAACAAGGAAAUCAAAAGGGCCUUGGUAAAGUUAUCAAAUUAA